CGUCCUUUCAAUUCUGCGGUUUCCUAGCAGCAACAGUGACGUCAUCAUCAGGGGCCGGAAGAGAUUAAAGAAACACGUGAGCUCGGAUCAUGUCUGCUGAGCCAGAGGUGGUUUGGCUGCGGCAGCGAGUGAGUGACCUGGAGAAGGAAGUCCAGCGGCUGCAGGAACUGUCCUCCCACAUCUCCCCACGCUCGGAGGAGGCAGCGCGCCCCAGCAAGCUGCGACACCAGAGACCCUUCGACUUCUCUGCCCAUCCUAAGCAGCAUGUGGCCCUUCGGCUGGCCUACCUUGGCUGGAACUACCAGGGGUUUGCCAGUCAGGAGAACACUAGUAACACAGUGGAGGAGGUGAUGUUCAGUGCCCUGACCAAGACGCGGCUGGUGGAGCGCAGACAGAGCUCCAGCUAUCAUCGCUGUGGCAGGACAGACCGCGGGGUCAGCGCCCUGGCGCAGGUCAUCUCUCUUGAUCUCCGCUCAGCGACUGCAGGGAAGCCCGAGCUGCGGUACACCCAGAUGCUGAACCGCGUCCUGCCGCCGGACAUCCGGGUUCUGAGCUGGGCCGUUGUCCCCUCCUCUUUUAGUGCACGUUUCAGCUGCCGCUCCCGCACUUACCGCUAUCUAUUCCCUCGUGCUCAGCUCAAUGUCAGCGCGAUGCAUCAGGCUGCUGAGAUGCUGGAGGGGACACAUGACUUCCGAAACCUCUGCAAGAUGGAUGUGGCGAAUGGGGUGAUGAACUUUGUCCGCACCAUCCUGAGUGCCAGAGUGGAGCCUGUGCCGGAGCUGUCAGGAGAGGAAGGGCCCUUUCAGCUUUACCACCUACAGAUCAAGGGCUUGGCCUUCCUCUACCACCAAGUCAGGUGCAUUAUGGGAGUCCUCUUCCUCAUCGGUCAGGGCAAAGAAGAGCCGGAAGUGAUCAGAGAACUGCUGGAUGUGACAAGGAAUCCAUGCAAGCCCCAAUACAAUAUGGCGGUGGAGUUCCCUCUGGUCUUGUACGACUGUGAGUUUGAUGACGUUGAGUGGAUCGGGGAGAAGGAUUUGCAGUCCAUCACUGUGUCCCAUCUGCAGCGACUGUGGACCCGUGAAGCAGUGAAGAGCCACAUCCUGCGCAUGGCGCUAUACGGCCUAGACGCCACGCCCAUUGCCACAGGGCAGGAUCGGGUUCCCUGGAGCCAGUGUGAGCCCUCGGUUGUUGCUCACAGCAGUGGUCUGGUGGAGGGGGUCAGUGCUCGCACAUAUACACCUCUAAUGAAGAGACGUGUCGGUCAAUCCCUGGAGGAUCGAGUUCAGCAUUACGUUCGACGUGGACGGAUCGCAGCGCCCCCUGCUGGACAGGAUCUCAUUAACCGGGAUGAUCAUGGGGGCAUGGAUGAGAAAGGAGCCUGUGAAGCUGACUCCGGAUCAUCUCCAGACUGGGAAGCUGUAACUCAAAAGGGAAGCGAAGAGGAAUCGGAGCCCGGUGCCAAGAGAUCGCGCCCGUAACAUGCCCUCCGUGUCUCCUCCGCUCAUCUCUGACCGUGGCUGCAUGCGAUCAGAUGGUAUGGCAGCGCAGAUUCUUUCUUCUAACCUCAGACCCCCCCUCGGGUUAGACCUGUAAAGGGAAGCUUACUUAAGUGCUCGCCGCCACCUCGCUCAGGUCCCACAUUGUCAAUGUCCGCUUUGGCGCCACAUCGGUGUCCUGCCCCCCUUGUGUCACUUUAAUUGGUCGCAAGGUAGGUAGGUCACCAUGAUGGUCAGUCAUUGGCUGCAUCUGAGGACCUGAGCGAGGCGUCGGGGAGCAGGUAAGUUCGCUUCCCUCUGCAGGUCUGAUCCGGAGAAAGGGGGUGGAACAACACCUUUAAAUGUUCGGACUCCCCCUGUCUAUAGCCCAGGUGUCCUCUGAUGUGGCUGAUGCAGGAGGCGCCGCCAUCUUUUCUCUAGAUCAGCGAAAUGACGACUUUAUUUCCUCACUUCUAAUGUUUUUUUUAUUUUUUAUAAUAAAUU